UUUUCGGCAAAAUCAGCACUCCAGUGUAUUAUAUAGCUCAGUGUAUCCAACGCCUUCUUUCCGUCUUUGAACUUGAAAAACUCAGACGUCCCAGGAACGCUUAAACGCCACAUCAGCUCCGAACGUCGUCUGGCUGAUUUUUCUGCGCGGCACCUGAAGGCCGCAGCCCUGCCUGUCCUCGCUGACGUCACGCCACCCCUCCCUCCCUCCCUCGUCGUCGCCGUUGCUCUCCGGCGGUGAAGGCUGGACGGUUCCGUGUUGCCUCGUCUGGGCUCGUUUCUGCCAGAACGAACCGAUUGUUCCGUGUGUUUUCGGACCCCGCCGGGCGAGGCUUGUUUCACCGCAGCAAUGCGAGGAGCCAGAAGAGCGGGCUGGACCGAGGAGAAGAGCUGGGGGGAUUGACUGACGGAGAGAGGCGGCCGCUUUUCUUUCACACACCCGCGGUCGGUCAUUGAUUUACAUCCCGAGGCCGUGGCUGCCCCACCGGCGUCCAGAAACGCCGCCUCAGCCGGUUCUAGUCCCCCUUUAACGGGCUGUUAGUCUAUCGGAGCCGUAGUUUGGACUUUUGUCCUGGAAAGCCUACCGUAGCUAGCUAACGGAAGGCAUAAAGUCCCGGUUUCCUCCCUCCGCUGUGAACCGGCCCCUCCGGUGGUCCCACACCGGCUCCUCCUGGAUGUUUUAGCCUCCGUUUCUCCUGCAUGAUGCGGCUGAAGGUGAACCAGCAGGAUUGGCUUUAAAGGUCCAGCCGGGUUCUGGAGGAAUGAUCCGGUAAAGUGAGUGUGGGGGGUUCUGGGGGUGGGUGGGUAAGGGGGGUGAGGGCUGUUUUUGUUGGAGACAUGCGGUGGAGGUGGACGGUACCGGUUUGUUUUUAACGCAUCACCUUAAUCUGGAUCACCGUCUGGGGUGACCUGCGCUGCCUUCACGGACCGUAGGAAUGAGGAGUGUCGGGACCUGAAGCCGUCCUCCUCAUCUUCACCUGGACUUUUUUUUUUAAUUUUUAUUUUAUUUAAAUUGUUUUUGUCUAUUUUUAACAAAGUGUGAACAAAAACCAAACAAACUGCUGUUAUCUCCUGGAGGAUUCACUCAGGGAAGAACAAUGUCUUUGCGCACGGCGCUGCCUGGAAACGAGCGGAACCAGGACCACCAUGCCUCCCUGUCGGCCAGCCGCUCGGAUAAAGGCACAGGCUGGUCGAGCCGAUCGCUCGGCGCUCGCUGCCGAAACUCCAUCGCCCUGUGUUCAGAUGAGCUGCCGCACAUCGGGAACUACCGACUGCUCAAAACCAUCGGCAAGGGCAACUUUGCCAAAGUCAAGCUGGCCCGCCACUUGCUGACGGGCAGAGAGGUUGCGAUAAAGAUCAUCGAUAAAACCCAACUUAACCCAACUAGCCUGCAGAAGCUGUUUCGAGAGGUACGCAUCAUGAAAAACCUGAACCAUCCCAACAUAGUCCAGCUGUUUGAGGUGAUCGAGACGGAGAAGACUCUUUACCUCGUCAUGGAGUACGCCAGCGGAGGGGAAGUGUUUGACUACCUCGUGGCUCAUGGCAGAAUGAAAGAGAAAGAGGCCAGAGCCAAGUUCAGACAGAUCGUCUCUGCAGUGCACUACUGUCAUCAGAAGAAUAUUGUUCACAGAGACUUGAAGGCGGAGAACCUGCUGCUCGACGCCGACUCCAACAUCAAGAUAGCCGACUUCGGCUUCAGCAACGAGUUCACCGAAGGCAGUAAGCUGGACACCUUCUGUGGGUCCCCGCCGUACGCCGCUCCAGAGCUUUUCCAGGGGAAGAAGUACGACGGGCCAGAGGUGGACAUCUGGAGCCUGGGCGUCAUCCUGUACACGCUGGUCAGCGGGUCGCUGCCGUUCGACGGGCAGAACCUGAAGGAGCUUCGGGAGCGUGUUCUAAGGGGGAAGUACCGCGUCCCCUUCUACAUGUCCACAGACUGUGAGGGAAUCCUGCGUCGCUUCCUGGUCCUGAACCCGGCUAAGCGCUGCUCCCUGGAGCAAAUAAUGAAAGAUAAGUGGAUCAACGUCGGCUACGAAGGCGCCGAGCUGAAGCCCCACGUUGAGCCUGAGGAAGACUUCGGUGACAGCGGCCGCAUCGAUGUGAUAGUUGGGAUGGGAUUCGAGCGAGAGGAGGUCCGGGAGUCGCUGGUUAAGCAUAAAUACAACGAGAUCACUGCCAUGUAUCUGCUGCUCGGACGCAAGACUGAGGCGGAAGGUACCGAGUCUCGGUCCGGCAGCAGCCUGAGUCUAGCGCGCCUCCGCCCCAGCGCCAUCACAAACGGAUCGAGCAAACACUCCACGUCCUCUUCCUCCUCCGGUGCUCAGUCUUCCUCCUCCAGCCAUAAGCCUCAGAGAAGCGCCUCGACGUACCACCGCCAGAGGCGACACUCGGACUUCUGUGGUCCAGCCGCUCCGGGGUCGGCACACCCCAAGCGAAGCCCCAGCGGUGUAGGCGAAGCUGCGGCCCUCAAAGAAGAGCGGCUGUCUGUACGCAAGCCGAGCAGCACCGCAGUGGGCUCCCGUAGCAUCCCGACCCCGUCCAGUCCCAUGGUUAGCUCCGCCCACAACCCGAAUAAAUCCGAGAUACCCGACAGGCGCAAGGAGGUGAACGCCACGCCGAAUAACGUCCCCGCCAGUGCCAUGACUCGAAGGAACACGUACGUGUGUACGGACCGAUCCGGCACCGACAGACAACUGCUGCUGCAAAACGGCAAAGAAAACAGCACCCUGUCCCACCGCCUGCCCCCAGCCUCGCCCUCCUCCCACAGCAUCGCCGGCGCCUCCGGGGUCUCGUCCUCCACGCUUUCCUCCCGUCUCUCCAGGGGAUCCACAGUGAGGAGCACUUUCCACGGAGGUCAGAUCAGGGACCGCCGUCCUCCGUCUCACGCGCCGCCGGCGUCCCCCACGCCGUCUCACGACGCCAGCCCGCUGCCCCACGUCAGGAGCCGGGCCCCCUCCAACCUGCUCAGCAAAAUCACCUCCAAGCUGACCCGCAAGGUCACUCUUGACCCUUCUAAACGUCCGAGCUCAAACAAGUCCGUGUCGGGCUGCACCCUCCCGCAGGGGACAAAAACAGUUAGGUCACAGACCAACCUGAGAGAAUCAGCAGAUCUCCGGUCACAAGCCUCAGCCGCUCCUCCGGUCCCGUCUCAGGUUAAGAGCUGCAGUCGCCAUCUAUCUGGGAAUCAGAAAGCGGCCGAGCCCCGGACCCCCAGAUGCGGAUGGGAUGUGAGGGUCCGGAGCCCCCGGGACCCGGCCGAGGUGGUGCUGGCGCUGCGGGAGGCCGCGCAGGGCUGCGGCUGCCAGGUCCACCUGGCCGGGCCUUUCCUCCUGUCCUGCACCCACGGAGCAGCCGGCGCUCGCGUGGCCUUCGAGGCCGAGGUCUGCCAGCUGCCCAGCGGGCAGGGCCUGAGCGGUGUGAAGUUCAGGCGCCUGUGGGGGGCGCCACUAGCCUUUAGAGACAUCGCCGCCAAAGUGUCCAAAGAGCUAGAGCUCAGAGGUGAGGCAGGUAGGUGACAGACUGAGAAACGAGGAGGAGGAACAGAAACAAAGUCCUUCGUCUCUUCCUCCGUGGGCUCCACAUCAUCUCGCGAUGCCUCACCUCCACCAGAAGACCCUCAGCUUUCAGACGCCCCCACUCUCAGCCGGAUGGACGGCUGCAAAAAUGCAACAGACUAAAGCUGACCCUGUGACCCGCUGUCCCUGCUGAGCGCACACCCCCAUAGCUGGAGGCCGUAGAGUUCGGCUUUUUUUUUUUUUCACAAGUUCAGAUUUAACUUCAGGUUGUUGUUGCUGAGAACGAUGGAGAAUGGUAACCUGUUGUCUGUCACCAUUCCUUUUUAAAGAGCUGCUAUUUAAAUAUGUUUUAUUUUUUAAUUUUCUUGUGUAAUAAGUUUAUUUUCCUUGCUUAGUGCUUUAAAAUUAGGGAGUCGUUGACGAUUAUUGUCAAUGUCGGAAGCAGAAGUCACAGAGGAAACCUCCGGCCUCUAGGGGGCGACAUGCAGACGUCACAGAGGAAACCUCCGGCCUCUAGGGGGCGACAUGCAGAAUUCACAGAGGAAACCUCCGGCCUCUACGGGGCGACAUGCAGAAUUCACAGAGGAAACCUCCGGCCUCUACGGGGCGACAUGCAGAAGUCACAGAGGAAACAUCCGGCCUCUAGGGGGCGACAUGCAGAUGUCACAUAGGAAACCUCCGGCCUCUAGGGGGCGACAUGCAGGGGGCGACAUGCAGAUGUCACAGAGGAAACAUCCGGCCUCUAGGGGGCGACAUGCAGAAUUCACAGAGGAAACCUCCGGCCUCUACGGGGCGACAUGCAGAAGUCACAGAGGAAACAUCCGG